GUGUACGACAAAUACCAAUUCGACCUGUUCGAGGCUCAACUGGAGCAGCCGCCUGUGCCUGCAGGACCUACGCCUACCAACGAACAAGCCAUUGGAGGUACACUCGACGCUAUGGCCCAGAACAAGACCAACGUGGUUGUUAUCUGGAGGUACGCGAGUGGCAGUGAGAUAUGUACUUGUUAA